AUGAGGCGUUCUUCAGUGACGCGUGGUACUGGUGCCCAUCAGAUACCCACCGGUGGGGAAUCUGACACCUAUAUUGAGGGCAAACAAAAUCCCAACCCAAGUAGAACCCUAGCCGCCACACUCGGCACUCCCAUAGUCGCGACCCCCUCCUGCUCCAGUCCCUUCCCGCCUCCUCCUCUUCGCCGCCGCCUCCCUCGCACAGAUGGUCCAUGGCCCCGACUUGGCCGGCGCGCUGACGCACCGUGGAGAGCCAGAGCAGAUUUGGGGCUCCAUCGGCAUGGAGCAGCACCGUCGGCGGAUUCGUUACUCGAUGCCGUCGGCCACCCCGCUCUCCCGUUCGUCUCGCUGCCGCCACUCCUCCGACCCUCGCCAACAGUCUGGCUCCUCUCUUUUUCACUGGGAGCAACGAGCGCAGCCCUGCGACGGACGAGUGACAUAGCCCUGCAACGAGCGCCCGACGGCUGCUCCUUCAUCCCCACCAGCCAGGUCACCAAGCUGGUACCUCCGCCUCCACCUGUGCAAGCCGCCUCGUCGGCACGUCCGUCCUCACCGGUCAACGCGAUAUUAGCUAGGGAUUGUUCUGUGAGCAUCAAUCAGUCUGGAUGGAGAAUUCUCUCAUCAAACAUUCGCAAGGACAAAAGAGGUGGAAACAUUCGUUGGGAGGCUUUCAGAUAUUCACUCAAAGAUGAUGUGCCUUUACAAUUGCCUUACACCAAGAACCAAAUGAACUGCUCAUCUAGCAGUUGGAGCAAACCUACAAAGCUAGAGCACGAGAAAAUGAUGAGGCAAUACUAAGUAUGAGAAGGUUGUCCAUUAAGAAUAUGAGUCUGCAAUGCAGGAACUGAGCGCCAUAGUUCCUGCUUGGGAGAAAUAAAUUUUCAUAAAAACAGCUAUAAGCGACCUUUGUCAUACCUUAAAGUGGGAUAUUUGACUGCUUCUCCAGCAAACAAUGCCUUUGCACCACAUAGAUUGGGAGGUCGCAAUUUGUUUCAAACCAUCAGGGACUCCAGCAGGUUUAUCCUUGUUGCACUGGGCACUUAUUCCUGAUGAUAGUCGCCUGAGUUUGGAUGAAUGUGGAAAUGCUUUCCUGAGAGUUCACUCUCUGCUCUCACUCUUUGUUUCUUUUGUAUUAUUUUGUUUUGCCUGUGUAGACCACCAGGUCACUUGUGUACUAAUUAGUUUAAAUGUAAUCUGGCACUCAGCCAUUAUGUGCUUAUUGACAUGCGCCUACUGCGCUUUUUUUUGCCAAAUUAUAUGUUCCCAGAAUUCCAUUGAAAAGACAGGAGAUUGGGGCCUGCCUUACAUUAAUUGGUGUAUAUCUAAAAAAUGUUCUCGUGUUGUUGAAAAGGAAAGGGAUGGCCAACUUGCAUAGAAACUGAAGAAUAAAUUGAACAUUUAUGUUGAAGGAAACAACAAGGAAUCUAUCUAAAUUGGUGAGGUUGAGGCGUAUAGACUUUCUAAUGCAGGUCAGCAUCCAUGCCAAUCUUUUCACCAGUCUCUGAAAUACUUUUUUUUAGCUGCUUACGGUUUUGAGUAUAUUUUCUUAGAAAACAUUGUCUUCUUCUGUACGUGUUUUGUACUAUUACUCCAAUUCACUAUGGAGCUGUUUUACUUUUUUGUCUUUCUUAUGUCGAUUAAUCUUGGGAGACUGAAGAAGCCGUGGUGGCAGAGCUGCAGGGGGGAUGGGGGAGGUGGUUCCGGUGGUGGAUGCAGCUUUGGUGGGCUGAUCAAUAUGCUCGCGGAGUGUCUGUACCUGAAUAUGGACGUAUAGAUGCCCCUAAAUCACAGUGGAGUACAUGCAUAUAAUAUGUGACAUGGGUAUUGAUCACAAAGCAAUUCAAUAAAGAAACAACCAAUUUCGGAAAAAAUACCCAUAUUGCAAUAUGGGUAUUUUUUCCCCUAAAUCAGUGGAGUACAUGCAAAUAGUAUGUGACAUGGGUAAAUAUGGUUUUUUUUUUCUGAAGUUGGUUGUUUCUUUAUUGAAUUGGCUGCAAUAUGGGUAUUUUUUCCGAAAUAGAUGGCAUCGUGAUCCGGUCUUUUUAUUUUGUAAAAAGAACUCAUAUUUGAUUUGAUAUGCAUUCUGCGUUUUUGCAUGUCUGAAACGGUAGCGUUAUGCUGAUGAUUAUUGUUGUGAAUAUUAAAUACUCGGUAACCGUUUUGAUGUAUGGUAAAAUAGAAGUGUGGUGAUCUUCA